AUGUCUCUAAAGCGAAAGAAAGUCGACGAAGCUGAAGAUGUCCCUAAUGAGUCGGGCAAGAGCGACGCUGAGCUUUCUAUCUCUUCUCUUCUCCAGCAGGCGCUUGACACUCUCAUUCGCCUCGAACCCCAGCAGAAGCAGCUGGAGCUUGCCCGCGAGAGGGAGAGGGAGGAUCUGAAGCGCGAGUGCCAACGUCUUCGCUCAGAGAAUCAAGAACUACAGUCCCAAAUCGACUCCUCUCGUCCUGAAAACACCAAACCUACAGCACCAGGUGCACCUCUAUCAGGCACGCCCAUCGUCAAAGCUGGGACCGCAUUUGGAUUUCUGUCUUGUGAAUUCGAACAGGUCGCCAAGAAUGCUCUCGAAUUCGAUAUCAACGGCAUCACUACCAGGGAAAUUGGAGUCCUCUGCCAGGUACUUCACGCCGAGUCUUGCCGUAACAACCUAAAGCGCUUCAUGCAAGCUCAGGCCUGCGUUACCACAACGCAUCACCAUUGCCUCAGGAAAGUUGGCAAUGGUAGCAUGGCAGCGUCGCUCUUAGCUAUGCCAACUAAUACCACUUGCCCUUGGUGCCAAUAUUACAGGGUUGAUUGUGUUUGGAUCGUAAGGAAAAUGGAGAAAUGGUUCAUUGGGAGCGGUACGCCUAUCUAG